AUGUUGACACGUUCAGUCUUAGUUAUUGUGGUUUUGGCUUUAGCUAUUUUCGCCAUUGGCAGCGAAGCUUGGACUAUCGACCAGGAAACGGCAUGGCGUAAUGCUAUGAUUCGUCCUUAUUAUCCAGUUUCUACUCCUCCACCUGGUCGUUGGAUGCUUCGCUGGCGCAAUGGAAAACUUUGGGGAGAGGAUAGAUAUUUGCGUGCCAAGCGUCCAGUUUGUUUUUGGUAUAAAGGCAAAUGCUAUUAA